GAGUCUUGACCAACCCUGCUCGAGUGAUGGCUACUCGCUACUCUCUUUAGACUUUAACAAAAACCACCGCAAAACCCUUCACGGUCACAGCCAGCAGCCACCUUGUUCUCCACCGUCGUCCUCUCCGGAAAACGCCAUCAUUUCCUACUGAUCUUUGCCGCCGGAAUCACUUACGGAGACUUGGCCCAGUUUCCACUAGCUCAGGUUGCAUUUAACCAAUACGUAAGAACCAAAAUGGGAUUCUCUCGAGGUGUUAAACGUCCCAUUGAGAUCCUGUACAAGAGGUUAAAGGGCCCUUUACAAUUCGGGCAUGAGUACUCCACCCUGACAAUCAGAGGAAAUAUCACUAACAAAAUUGGUGGAAGUACAAACUUAUAUACCUCCAGAUAUGCUAGUGGGAGCUUUGAAUUUGGAUUCCCCGCUAGGAGAUACUCAACUGAUGUUUCUGCUUUAGACCAGAUGGGUUUGAUAAAGCUCCUGAGGGAACGAACCAGUGCACCCAUAAAAGAAGUCAAGGCUGCUCUUGUUGGGAGCAAUUGGGACAUUGAGGUGGCACAAAAAGAACUAAGAAAAAGAGGAAUGGUUCUGGCGUCAAAGAAGUCAUCUCGAACUGCUGCUGAAGGUUUUCUUGCUUUAGCACAGAAUGAAAGAAAGGCUGCUCUAAUCGAACUUAACUGUGAAACAGAUUUUGUUGCAAGGAAUGAAAUUUUUCAGUAUUUGGCUUUAUCUUUGGCAAAAUCAGCAUUGUGUGUUGAGGGCUCACAACUGGCAUCUGGUACACUUCCUUUUGGACCUGAAUAUUUGGAGGAUGUGAAGCUUAGUCUUGAUCACCCCAAAUUAAAUGGAGAGAAAACUGUUCAAAAUGCAAUAACUGAACUGGCUGCAAUGAUGGGGGAAAAUGUUAAACUUAGAAGGGGCUUUGCAAUAGCCCAUCCCUCACAGGGUGUCAUGUCUACAUAUUUACAUACCAGCCCCCAGCAAGGCAUUGGACGCAUUGCUGGGAUUUUAUCUCUUGAAGUAGAGGAUGCAAAUACUCCCUUGGAUGCUGUUCAGCGCAUUGGAUCAGAACUAGCAAUGCAUGUAGUGGCAGCAAAGCCAUUGUUCUUAACCAAGGAAGAUGUUUCUUCUGAUGCACUAGACAAUGAACGCGAGAUUCUCAAAUCGCAGGCGGAAAGUACAGCCAAAUCUGCAAUGGCUAUAGAGAAAAUGGUUGAAGGUCGCCUGCGGAAAUACUAUGAGGAUGUAGUAUUUUUGGAGCAGAAAUUUGUUGUGAAUGACAAACUAAAUGUAAAGACAUUAUUGAGUAAUCUAUCCAAGGAAGUGGGUUCACCUGUAAAGAUAGGAAGCUUUCUUAGAGUGGAAGUCGGAGAAGGCCUUCAGGGGCUUGAAGAAUGUAGUGGCACUGAACCUUCAGCUCAGGCAGCUUGAUUUGGGCAGCAAUUUUCAUGCGUUGAAGCCUAUAGCAAAUUUUAUUUCAUAUUGCGCUUUUCCCUUGACAUUAAGAACCUUGCUCGCUAGUUAUGCUUUUAAUCUUUUAAAUUCUUUACAUAACUGGUUCCUGACUUCCUUCUAUGGAUAACUUAUUUCUCCAAAGUGCACAAACCUUUGAUAAAGAGGGUUAAUGCGUAGGGCUUUGAAGUGAAAUUUCCUUGUAUUUUGUCUUUAACAAUAUUAAACAAAUAAUGUAGGUUGAUAUCCUCGAUUUAUUUCAAAGUGGUUUUAAAUGCAA